GAUACUAUUGAUCACUCUACCUGUUCUUCCGACAGAUAUCUCUACUUUUCUCUUCAGCACGUACAUAAGGUUAGUGGUAUUGGUACAGUUCCCGUUAGGAGUGCAAAAAAUGGUAUCAUUAAAGCUAGUAUGAUAGUUAAUUUCGCAUUCGAACCAUCCCUGUCAGACGCUGUUUCUUCAAAUCAAAAAAAAAAGAGACUCCCUUGUAUCGCCAUAUUAAACACGGUUUCCUUUUUAUUAAGGAUUUUAAUUAUUGUGGUUAAAAAGUCUAAACAUAGAUCUCUGUUCGUCUAG